AUGGUGUCUGCAACGGAAACUUUUGUAGAAGUCUCAUUGACGAACGAGAAACAGAAAGCUGAUAUCAAAUAUGAGGAUCUGACCAUCUCAGAAGCCCUGCGCAUAUUAGAAACGUCCGAUGCUGGCCUUUCGGGAACCGAAGCACAACAGCGAUUGGUGCGAUUUGGUCCUAACAAACUUCCUGUGAAAGAAAAGAGUCCUAUCUUGGAAUUUCUCAAGUUCCUAUGGAACCCUCUUUCGUGGUGCAUGGAGGUUGCAGCCGUCAUUUCUAUCAUCUUGCUCGACUACGUUGACUUCGCACUGAUCAUCAUUCUCUUGCUUUUGAAUGCCGCAAUUGGCUAUCGUGAAGAGGCGGCUGCGGGAGAUGCAAUAGCUGCGCUUGCUGCUUCACUGGCACCUCAGGCAAAAGUGCUUCGCGAUGGGAACAUACAAACUAUAGAUGCAUCCCAACUGGUUCCCGGUGAUAUAGUACUUGUUCGCCUGGGUGAUGUGAUUGCAGCCGACAUCAAGUUCAUCGGUGCCGAAGAUCAUGAGCCAUUACAAAUCGACCAGGCCGCUUUAACUGGGGAGUCGUUGCCUGUGAAACGGUUUGCAGGACAGUGUGCAUUCUCUGGUUCCACUGUCAAGCAGGGUGAGAGCUUAGCAGUAGUCUACGGCACUGGAGUCAACACAUUUUUUGGCAAAGCUGCUUCUCUAAUUUCGGAUACAGAUUCAGCGGGUCAUUUGCAAGAAGUUAUGUCUCGAAUUGGUGCUAUAUGUAUCAUCACUAUUACGGUCUGGGUGAUUAUUGAGCUGGGAGUGCAGUUUGGCUACUACAAUCACCAGUGCUCUCUGGGCCAAGAAGGGUCGUGCCCUACACUAUCGAACAUGCUAGUAAUUAUUGUGGGUGGCAUUCCCAUCGCUAUGCCCACUGUUCUAUCCGUAACAUUAGCCAUGGGAGCCUAUAAACUAGCCACCAAGGGAGCAAUUGUGACUCGUCUUACGGCAAUUGAAGAGUUGGCCGGUAUGGAUAUGCUCUGCUCCGACAAGACCGGAACACUCACAUUAAACCAGCUCAGCGUUGACAAGGACAAUCUCGAAUCAGGCGACGGCUUUACAACCGACGAUAUCUUGUUGUAUGGAGCCCUAGGUGCGAAGAUUGAAAACGAAGAGCCCAUUGACCUGUGCUGCCACGACGCCUACGGAGACAAGAAGGAUACGCUCUGGGAUGAGUACAAAUGUCUUAGGUAUGUUCCUUUCAAUCCCAAUGAUAAGCGUACCAUCGCUACCAUCCAGGAAGUAUCUACGGGUCAGACAUUCCGUGCUGCGAAAGGCGCUCCUCAAGUUAUUCUACAAAUGUCCCACAACUACGAGGCAAUCAAAGACAAAUUUGAAGGCCGCAUCCUAGAGUAUGCCAGCCGCGGCUACCGGGCACUUGGUGUGGGGUUUUCAGCGGGUACUGACAAUGAUUCUUGGGAAUUCGUGGGACUCAUACCGAUUUUCGACCCACCCCGUCACGACACCAAGGACACCAUUGUUAAGUGUCUUGAAUUGGGCAUCGGAGUUAAAAUGAUCACCGGUGAUCAAUUGCCCAUUGGUGUCGAGACAGCCAGACAGCUUGGUAUGGGCACCAAUAUGUAUACAACGGAGGUGUUCAAGAACGAGCACUCGGGGUUGAUAGAAGGUACAAUGACGCUAUCUGAGCUGGUUGAGAAUGCGGACGGAUUUGCAGAAGUCUUCCCCGAACACAAGUACGAUAUCGUCAAACGGCUUCAAGAGAGAGGUCACAUUACUGGCAUGACAGGCGAUGGAGUGAACGAUGCCCCUGCCUUGAAGAAGGGGGAUAUUGGUAUCGCAGUAGCCGAUGCUACCGAUGCAGCUCGAGCCGCCGCCGAUAUCGUCCUGACGGAGCCAGGACUUGGUGUAAUCAUUGAUGCCAUCAUCGGUGCACGCAAGAUCUUCCAGCGCAUGAAAAGCUAUGCUAAGUACACAGUAGCCAUGACUUUCCGUAUUUGCUUCACGUUCGGAUUGCUUACUGUGCUGUACGACUGGUACUUUCCGACUAUACUGAUUGUGCUGCUAGCCAUAUUCAACGACGGUGCCAUGAUUUCCUUGUCAAAGGAUCGAGUGACACCCAGUCGCAACCCGGACGCUUGGUUUUUGCAGUCCAUCUUCAUCAAUGGAUUGGUGUAUGGAUUGUAUCUCACACUCUCAUCAUGGGCGUUGUUUUACAUUGCUUCGCACACGGAUUUCUUCACUGGCGGUUCCGCAUUGAGCCUCCAGUCUUUAGAAUACACUGCAUCCGGCGAGUACUGCAAUACUGUAGAGAGCUUAUUGACUGGGACAGCCGAGUACAACCAGUGCGUGACAGAGGUCACCUGGGAACGUCAAUCUCGUCUCCGUGCUCUCAUGUACGUGCAGGUGUCCAUAUCCGGCAUGGCAUUGAUAUUCGUAACCCGUACCAGCAAGUUCUCGUGGUUGGAUCGUCCAGGCGUGCUUCCCAUGCUAGCCUUCAUUGCUUCACAGAUCGUGUCUUCUUUAAUCGCCGGAUUCGGUUUCAAUGGAUGGACCGAACCCUUAGACAACACGCCAUGCGUUUACUGUGAAGACUUUUCUGGUGCUGCUCCACUCUAUGGUACCGAGUCCGUGUACGAAGCAUCCCUACUGGGCUGUGGCGUCUGGGUGAUCGUUGCGUGGGUUUGGGCCAUUCUCUGGUUCAUUCCAUUGGACUUCAUCAAGUUCGCUAUGGCCUACAUAUGCGAUGGAGACAGACCUUCUCUGUAUACAUUGGGAAUUCGCACACAAGCUUCCCCAAUCAGUAACCCUAAAGCACUCGCUUCGGUAGACGCCUCGAAUGGAGCGAUUUCCACAGGACGACCCCGCCCUAGUUCAGUCGUACGUGGUAGUAUUAUGUAAUCUGAUG